CUCAAGGAGCAGCUGGAGGAGAGGACACGCAUCCUGCAGAUGGACAUCAAGACUCAGCAACAGGAGCUGCAUGACAUCAAGGAGAAGCUUCAGCUAGCUAACCUCCAGAUGUUGUUACAGCAACCCAUCCACGGUGACUUUGGCCAGGUCCAACAGCAGCAGCCUCAGCAGCAGGGUCCAGGGAGGCCGGUCCAGCAGCAUCAGCCCCAAUCUAGGGUGAUCAGGCAGGCCUCGGCCCACUCCAAACAGCCUCUCCAUGGAGCCCACGACUUGUCCCCUCACUCUCUCCUCAGAGAGCACAGCACACCCUCCCCUCAGGUACCCCAGCUCUCCCUCU